AUGUCUUCCCCUGCCAUAGCUGGCAGUUGUGCUUCGGCUACGAUCUCUACUCCUUCCAUCUUUGGAGCUCGAAUCCUUUCCAUUGAAGCCACUAUUGUCCAGAACUACGCCUAUGCCUCCUCUAUUUACAACGUUGUUGCGAACCAUGGACAUUAUCCCGACACUACUAUCGAUUUCUGCAAUGUCACCGUCACCCAUACGCAUCCUGGCACAGACGAUACCUUACAUACUGAGGUAUGGCUUCCGUUAAGACCCUCCUGGAACGGACGAUUGCAAAUGGCCGGUGGUGGUGGCUGGGUGGCUGGACUUGACGAGCUUGCACGUGGGACGAUGUUUACGGCACUGAGUGAAGGAUACGUAACAUCAAGGGUUGAUGCCGGUAUACCUACAACGGAUUUCACCACUGCGAAGGACUGGGCAUUGACAAGCCCCGGGAACGUCAACUACAAUCGGCUCCAGAAUUUUGCGAUGAUAGGUCUGCAUGAUGGCGCUCUGAUCACUAAGAGUGUGAUCAAAAGCUUCUACGGUCGGCCUGCGGAUUACUCAUACUGGAGUGGUUGCUCUCAAGGCGGUCGACAGGGUCAUAUGUUCGCCCAGCGCUAUCCAGAUGUAUUUGAUGGCAUCGCCGUUUCAGCUCCAGCAAUUAAUUGGGCUCCGUUCUUUGUGGGUCAAACAUUCCCUCAACAGGUGUUAUACGAGCUUGGGGAGUUUCCCCACACUUGCGAGUACGAUACGCUCACUGCAGCCGUCAUCAAAGCUUAUGACGGCAACGACGGCCUCCUGGAUGGUCUUAUCUCGCACCCAGACUCCUGCUCCUUUGAUCCUUAUGAGCUAGUCGGCACUCCGGUUAACUGCAACGUACCUGGUGCACCUGCGGUGAUUUCAAAGGCCGCCGCAGCUGCUAUGGAUGCAGCUUGGCAUGGUACCCGCGCUGCAGAUGGCUCUCUUCUUUGGUCGUCUUCCGGCUACGAAGCAAACACGACGAAUGGCGUCCUUCUCAGCGAAGGCUUUACAGACGACUCACUCGCGCGAGAGUACGAUAUAUACAACUGGGCAGAGUCGCCAGAGAUCAUGACUCUGGAGGAGUAG